AUGAUCUUAUCGCAGUACUUCAGUGAGACAACCGUCACACCAGGAGUUGACGUAAACUUUCAAUGUACUGUGAGCGGACCGCAUCCAUCAAAACUUGUGUGGGAGAGAGACGGUUUGGUUAUAUCUUCCAACACUGAUUCGAGGUACAGCAUAGGUCAAACAAUGACAGCGGAUGGGAGCGUAACCACGCAACUGAACAUAUCACACGCGAGGGUCGAAGAUGGAGGACUUUUCUCCUGUGUCGCUCAUCACGCCGACAACAGCAUAGCUCACCAUGACAGACUUAAUGUAUACGGUCCUCCGUAUAUAAGAACUCUGCCGCCACUGAAGGUUCAAAGCGGCCAGAGCGUGACACUUCGCUGCCCCUACUAUGGGUACCCAGUUAGAGAAAUCGCCUGGGAAUUCAAAGGGAAAGAAAUAAUAGCGGACACAACGACACAAACAAAUCGCUUCAAAAGAUUCACGAACCACACGAGCUUCAGUAAAGAAAUUUACGGCCGAAAACCGAAAUUAAGAGGCAGAAGGCAAUCCCCGACAAUAACUGAUGGGAUCCUCAAGAUACCAAAAGUUUUUAAGAACGACAACGGUGCUUUGUACUCGUGUAUAGUGAAGAGUCCGUCUGGCGAAAUGGCCAAGAGGUCCUUUGAACUGCUUGUGGUUGAGGCUCCUCAGCUAGAAGAAAUCAUGCUGGCUCCAGACCUUCACGAAGGCCAAAUAGUCCAGAUACACUGUAAUCUAAAAAGCGGUGAUUCACCCGUUUAUUACUCUUGGCUGAAAGAUGGAAAGAAGAUACCUGUUAGUCUAAAGAUCGUCGAAAGAAGUCUGGAAGUUUUCAGUGUACUCAUAAUCAAGAAUGUGUCUUUGGAACACUGCGGGGCAUACACGUGCGUAGCCGCCAAUCACGUCGCCAAAGUAAACAAAACGGUCAACUUGUACAUAAAAGUCGCACCGAAGUGGAAUGAAGAGCCGCAGAACACUUCGCUAUUGCUCGGUAGAAACGGUCACGUAUGCUGUAGCGCCAACGGAUACCCUGAGCCUCAAACGCAUUGGCUCAAAAAAGACAUUGUAUCCGAAACUUGGAGACCAGUCUUGGAAAUAGCCGGCGGUGGUGUAUUAAGCUUGUCAAACGGAUCUUUGAUCUUUGAUUCGGUGGCUCUCUCUGACGCUGGUUUGUAUAAUUGUCAUCUCGAGAAUGGUGUUGGGGAGCCACUUAGCAAAACCAUUUGGAUAUCUGUCAAUAAACCGGUAACUUUUGAGGCGGCCUCAAGGAAUUUGACGGCGAAGCUUGGUCAGCAAGUUUCAAUAGAAUGUUUAGCAAAAGGUGACGAUCCUAUUAGAAUCACUUGGACCAGAAACGGGAAGCCAAUCAAUCCACUCACUCAAAGGGUUAGAAUAUCUGAAGUGAAGACAGAUGAUGGAGUAACUAGCGUACUUGAGUUGAUACAAACUGAGACGACAGAUGAUGCCUUAUAUCAGUGCAGAGCUGGGAAUCCGUAUGGAGCCGACGUGUUUAGCGUUCACCUAACUAUCUUAGAACCUCCAGCUCCACCGACGGAUUUAUCCGUAGACUUUGUAAAGAGUAGAUCCGUAAAGCUGUCUUGGAGGGACAGCGCAAGAUCUUUAGCUCAGUUUUACAGUUUACAAAUCGGUAACACGCAGAGAUUAUCUUGGGGUACUGCAAGAGUUAUUAAUGUUACCAGGUUAGAUGAAAUCCGGCACGCGAUUGAGGUUGUAGACCUCACACCGGCUACCGGCUACAGCGCUCGUGUUGCUGGAGGAAAUCAGGCGGAUCUCAGUCACUAUUCACUUCCAAUACGAUUUACUACCACGGAAGAAGCACCAUCCUCGCCACCACUAGGAGUUCAGUUAGAACAGACUGAUUCACCAGGGGAGUUGAUGGUCAGAUGGCUCCCACCACCAGCUGAUUCUCACAACGGACAAGUUUUAGGAUAUCGAUUGAGAGCCGUUCCACAAAUCAGUGGACUCAAAGAGAACGAGGAAAAAAGUGACAAGACAAUCAAAACUGCGUCUUUGUAUGCAAAGCAAGAAACUAUCCUAUCUGGUCUGCUAAAAGGCGUGAGGUAUGCGGUCUCAAUAGCGGCCUACAACAACGCAGGCACUGGCCCUUUUUCGGUGCCCUUAUUUCAAGAUACAAGAGAAGGAGCCCCAGAAGACGGUCCAACAUCAGUGGAGUGCGGAGGGGUGACAUCUACUGCUUUGAGGGUCAGCUGGCAACCCAUCCCACCUCACAAGCAAGCCGGAGCUCUUAUAGGGUAUAUAGUACUAUAUGCCGUUCAAGGACGACAUUGGCUGAAUUCCACAUCCCUAGUGACGGAACUGCGUCUCCAAGGUUUGCUCAAAUACACCAACUACAGUAUUAAAGUGGCCGGAUUCUCGAACUACGGACUUGGCCCGUUUUCAUUCCCAAUUAUCUGCUCCACCUUACAAGACGUGCCUGAUGCACCAGCUGAAAUUAAAUUACUCUCCCAAUCAUCCGCCACUCUGCUCGUCAGCUGGAAGAAGCCAAAACAACCUAAUGGACGGCUGCUGUACUAUACAGUUUACUGUAAGGCUACUGCCAGUAACGAUGGACCUCAACAAAUCCGAGUCGAUGCCCAAACAAACUCGGAAGCUUAUGAGAAAUCACAAACCUUAGAGUUGAAAGGCCUCGUUGAAGGUCGGCAAUACGAUGUAUGGGUCACGGCCAGUACUGCAGCAGGAGAGGGUCCGGAGACCAGAAGAGUUACAAGUACUCCAUUACAAAGAGUGGUGGCAGGAGUGGCUUCUCUAGGAGGAGAAAUAACAGUGGCAGUAAGAAACUCCCUGCUUUUGGAGUGUAAAAGCGUCGGAUCGCCCCCGCCGAGGAAAGUUUGGUAUCAUAACCAGAACAUCAUCACUCACCAUCCAAGGUUCACGAGGAAUAGAGAUGACAGUUUAUUGAUCAAAAGUAUAGACCAAGCUUUAAGUGGUAAUUACACAUGUCUAGCCAAAAACCUGUACGGCUCGGAUUCGGUUGUGUAUACAGUAAAAGUUCUACCCCUACCUGAUCCUCCAGCUUUACGGGCCACCCCGUACAAGGAUUACAUUGUACUAGAAUGGGACGAGACGAAGGAUCACGAGAACGAAUCUAGUUAUGGAGUCAGUUACAAUUUGACUUGGCGUGAAGUCGAAGGUCCUUGGCAAGAAGCUUGGCCGGCAGCAAGGGAAACCAGAAUUAAUGGCGUUCACCAGCAUACUUUAACUGGUUUGAAAUGCGGAACUAAGUACAGUAUCAGGGUCACGGCCACUGAUGCAAUAGGCACUUCUGCACCAGCCCACAUCGACGUCACCACUUUAGGGGGAGCUCCUAUAUCUCCGUUGUCAAACGACUGGCUUUGGAGUAACGCUUCGCAUAUAUACAUUCAGCUGAGUGGAUGGGACGACGGCGGUUGUGACGUCACCAGAUGGGACGUCGAAUACCGACCUUUUGGCUCUAGCACGUGGCGUAGGACUGAGAAUAAAGCGUCCAUAGACAUGAAUCUCGAAUGGAGUUACAUGGAAGGGCACUAUCAAGCUCCACAGCUGCGAUCCAUUCCAUCUUCGUACGCGGUCGGUUCUCUCGUUCCCGCCAGCUGGUACGAGCUAAGAGUGACUGCGAUAAACGAUGCCGGAGCAGCCUCUGCUGUGUACACGUAUGCGACCAAGACCUUGGAUGGCGAGGAAGUGGGCCCUCCCUUGGAGUUCUUCGACCUGAACAUGCUAGUCAUCGUCUGCAGCUCGAUACUACUCGUCGUGUGUCUGCUGGCGUUUUUCUGUAUACUACUAAAGAGGCAUAGGCAGAACUACGCCUCCCAGUAUCGACACUCGAUUGCUGAGGAAGUCAAGUCCAGAAACGAGAGUGUCGCCUCGCAUUCCGAACACAAGGACAGAUACGCUCAGGCUCCAAGAAUCUAUACCUCGCCUGUGCAAAUCCGCAAGGGUAGCAAAAAUGAAAUGUUCGAGAUAAGUCCUUACGCCGAGUUUGCCUUGGGUUUCCGGACUUUUGACCACGUCGAGAACCAGGAUCUGCCAAGCAGGCUGCCCAGUAGACCAAGGUUUGAUACAGAAACGAGCUUUCAAAAUCGCUCCGAAUCCGACGACAGCGACAGCACUUCGAAAGCUACCGUCACCGCGAUACCGAGACGACAUUGUCGCACUCCACAUCAUAGGUAACAACGAGAAACGACCUCACGACGCUAUAUUGCUGAAUAACCUAUUUUAUCUCAAUCUUGACCGGACUCAUUGGCGCUGCAA